CUUUGUUUCCCUUUCAUUCGUCUCCUUUGGUUAAGGGUUUCCUUGCGUCGGGUUGUGGUAUGAAAGAGGCUCACCUUGGUCCAGUCUCCACAUCACUUGACGACAGUAAUGAACCAGAAAGCUGUUUGCUGAACGUCAUUAAAGCCCAAGAAGAAGAAGGACCGCGCCGGCCACUGGUCACGCCCCCUCGUCUUGGGUUCACAGUGACGUCCUCGGGACUCGUUUCAGUGUGGUCCGGAUUUCCAAAGCACUCUCUGGGUCCUCUCUGGGGAUGGAAUAAGAAGUCCUCAUGACGGUGAAUUCAGUGCACUGGUUCCGCAAAGGUCUGCGGCUGCACGACAACCCGGUGCUGCAGGAGGCCUUGGACGGAGCGGACACCGUGCGCUGUGUCUAUAUCCUGGACCCGUGGUUCGCCGGAGCCGCUAACGUGGGGAUCAAUCGAUGGAGGUUCCUGCUGGAGGCCUUGGAAGACCUGGACAGCAGUCUGAAGAAGCUCAAGUCCAGAUUGUUUGUAAUCAGAGGGCAGCCGACAGAUGUUUUCCCAAGGCUCUUUAAGGAGUGGGAAGUGACCAGACUGACAUUUGAAUAUGACCCAGAGCCUUAUGGGAAAGAGAGGGAUGGGGCCAUCAUCAAGAUGGCCCAGGAGUUUGGAGUGGAGACCAUUGUUAGAAAUGCACACACCCUCUACAACCUGGAUAGGAUAAUAGAGGCAAACAACAACAGUCCUCCUCUGACCUUUAAGCGGUUCCAGGCCAUCGUGAGCAGACUGGAGUUACCCAGGAGACCUCUGCCUCCCAUCAACCAGCAGCAGAUGGACAGAUGUCGCACUAAUAUAGCUGACAACCACAACCAGCAGUACAGUAUACCUUCACUGAAAGAACUGGGUUUCCGGACUGAAGGUUUGCCUCCAGCUGUGUGGCAGGGAGGAGAGUCGGAGGCCUUGGACCGACUCAACAAACAUCUGGACAAAAAGGUGUGGGUGGCCAACUUUGAGCACCCUCGUGUCAACACGUGUUCUCUGUAUGCGAGUCCGACUGGCCUCAGCCCCUACCUGCGCUUUGGCUGUCUGUCCUGUCGGGUUUUGUACUACAACCUCAGAGAGCUGUACAUGAAGCUCCGUAAGCGCUGCAGUCCUCCUCUCUCCCUGUUCGGCCAGCUGCUGUGGAGGGAGUUCUUCUACACAGCUGCUACCAACAACCCAAACUUUGACCGCAUGGAGGCGAACCCCAUCUGUGUGCAGAUCCCAUGGGACCAGAACCCAGAGGCACUGGCCAAGUGGGCCGAGGGUCGGACUGGCUUUCCCUGGAUCGACGCCAUCAUGACUCAGCUCAGACAGGAGGGCUGGAUCCACCACCUGGCCCGACACGCCGUGGCUUGUUUUCUCACCAGGGGAGACCUGUGGAUCAGCUGGGAGAGCGGCAUGAAGGUGUUUGAGGAGCUGCUGCUGGAUGCCGACUGGAGCGUGAAUGCUGGGAGCUGGAUGUGGCUGUCCUGCAGUGCCUUCUUCCAGCAGUUCUUCCACUGCUACUGUCCUGUUGGCUUUGGACGGAGAACUGACCCCUCUGGAGACUACAUCCGGCGUUACAUCCCCAUGUUGAAGGACUAUCCCAACCGGUACAUCUAUGAGCCGUGGAAUGCCCCGGAGUCGGUCCAGAAGGCAGCCAACUGUGUGGUGGGAGUGGAUUACCCGAAACCCAUGAUCAACCACACAGAGGGCAGCAGGCUCAACAUCGAGAGAAUGAAACAAGUUUACCAACAGCUGUCCCACUACCGAGGACUCAGUCUCCUAGCAUCUGUACCAACGAUCCAAGAGGAGGCGGAGCCACCGAUGACCGAUGAGUCACUGACCGGCAGUGGCCCUGACUCUCCUCCCAAAGGGCCUGCUGAUUGGGAAGCAGCUGGGUGCUCCAUAGCUCCACAUCUGUCCACCCUCUACCCAUCCUCCACCUUUGCCCCAUACCCAGACCUGGAGAGUGCAGAAAACAUCCACCCAUCCCAGACCCUCAGCGGCUCCCCCGGCUCGCACACACCGUCCUCUGUAGCCGCCGCCAUGUCUACAUGGGCUCCUCCCUCUUUGGCCUCGUCAUCAACCAUGAGCAGUCUGUCAUCGUCCAAAUCCUCCUCCUCUACGUGUCCCAACGUGUCCCCAUCCACUCAGCCCUCCUCUCUGGGCCAGAGGAGGAAAGGCCUCACUCGUAAGGUGCGACGCGACCAGAGGCAGCGAGGGCGCAAGGAGGAAGUAAGGAGAGCCGAGAUAGCAGGAAGGGAGGAGAGGAUGGAGGAGGACGUUGAACAGCAGGAGGAGAAAAUGGAGGAAGCUACUUUUGAAGAGAUCAGCGGACAUCAGCAGUGAUUGAAGGUGGAGAUCCAACGUCGCUCUCAGAACUGGACUUACAUAGACACACAAGAAAAGUGUAUAAAGUGCAUAAAUAGACAGCAUUAAUAUAUAUAUAAUAAAAAACAGUGUUUCCCCUACCAUUAUAACAAAAGCAUUUGACUCAUUUCCUCUGUUUGGGGAGAAAUGAAUCACCCAUUUUAACAUUUUACAACAGGGAUGGAUGGAGGUCAUAAACCUAAACAGUAUUUAUGGGGAGAAGAGUAGAUUUAUUUUAUGUACAGCUGCAUCUCUGACAGGUAAUACAGAGCAACAUGAUGUAGUGCAAAUGCGCAUUGUGGCUGGGCCCAAAGUAUACAGCAUGUAGGUUCUUAAUGAGAGCGCAGGAGACGUGUGUGGGAUUAUUUCCUUGUGCUCUUUCAUGUCAGUUUUUAUCUGCAAAAUAUUGCUGGUAUGAAAUAAAUAAAUAUGUUUCAGAGGUUGUAUAUAGAAUAUGUAAAUACGCCUGCUUUGCUAAUGCUUUUUGGAAGGCUUGUUCCUUGUUUAGCCUCAAUAUUUCUUUCCAGUAUUUGGAGGUACUUGAUGCACAUGGUUAGCAGACUGGUGGCAUGUUACAGGUGGUUGUAAUUUAAAAGUUAGUGGCAAUGCUCUAAAAUACAGAUUAUGUUUACUUUUGGAUGAGAAUAAUAGAAUAUAUGUGUAGUAAAUCCUGACAUCUUAAAAGCUGAAACCCCAAAAAUGUUUCAUGAAUUGAUAAUUGAUUUUCCAAAUAGUUGCAGAUUAGUUUUUAUGACCGUCAUCCAGUUUGACCAGGUAGUCGUUAAAACAGUUCUACAGUUUCACUCUUGAUAUUUCUUUCGUUGAGCUAAGACUCCUGUAACAAUAUUUUGUCUUUUUUAUGUGACAUUAGCAUGUAUAUAAUUUAAUGGCAAUAGACAUUAUUAAGUUCGUGCUUUGUACAGAAGGAGUCAAACCAAGCAGGUGACGUUGUAACUGGAUAUAUUUCUCUUCACGGAUUUGCUGAUCGGCUCAAAUGUUUUUUUCUGUUUGACUCUUACCACCUCAUCUUGUCACAUUUUUCAACUUCAACCUUCAGGGCACAAUAAGCUUUGUGACCCAGUGUGGUCUACGCGGGUGGACGUUACCCCAAGCAGAGAUGGGAGACCGUUGGGAGAAGGUCUUCAAUGCCCUGUUGUGAUAGAGAUAAGUUGAAUCCUAAAAGGGACCAAUCAUUUCCCACUGACCCUUAACACGUUCCCACCUCUCAGAGCACGAAACGAGCUCUGGUCAGAGCAACAUGGGUCUGUCUGAGAGCUCUGGGCUUUGUGGGUAUUUAUUUUUGUACAAAAAUGUAUUUUCAAAAGUUUAUUUUCAUUAAAAUUUGAAAGAAUUGA